AUAACUUUUUUUUUUUUUUUUUUGUCAUUUUCAGAGUUAAUGGCAAAGAUGGAGAAACAUCAUGCCGCAACAGACCAGCCACCAUCUGAGGAAGAGUUUACUUACGGUUUCAGCGAUUUUAAAGCCACACUGUCAUUUCUGACCUUGUGAUCCCUUAAUGAACCAGAGCCGAACAGUUGAAGGGUUUUGAUGGCAGAGACACUGGCAGUUUCUCCUUUAUUUUAUUAAUCUUUUGAAUCGUAUAGAAGUAGUAAACGGUUAACUUAAGCUUCUUGUUGUGUUAUCGGCGCCACACAACAACUUAAAAAGCGGAUGUAUUUAAUAACAUUGCGCCAAUACAGGCGAACCGUCGACGUUGUCCGAUAAUGGAUGCACCCUGUUAAACCGUCCGUUGAGCCGGUUGAACAAACCUUCUAAGUGCGUCACAUAGAAUCCUCAAUACUCGCUCGCGCUUGCACAGCCAGAAAACCGUUAACGGUUCGACCGGUUAACGGAACCAUUUUUUUUUUCUUUACUCUUAACACCACCGAUAAUACCGAGGAUGGAGAGAGACCGGGGUUUUAACUUCAAACUGUUGGUACCUCGCAGGGUGAACACCGGAGAAGUAUCUGCUGUUAGACCUCAGGGAAGAGUUGAGAACUUUGGUGAUUUCAUUAAUACCGUGGAGGAGAGUCACAAUAAAUGUCAUGACAAAGAGCCAACCAUGCCUUUCCCCAAUACAAGUCUGACUGCACCAACUAAACCAACCAGACAAGACUUCCCCAAGAUGAAAGUUGUGCUACCAAUAGAAAAAGACAAGAAUAAUUGCAACCCUGGUCAGCUUUACUCCAAGCUGUUUGAUGAAGUUGAAAAAAUUAAGUGUUGGAAGGUCAAAGUUGAUUCUGACAGUGUGCAAAAGGAAAGGAGACUCCAGGACAACAGAAGAACGAUGGAAACUCAACGCAAAGCUAUUCAGGAACUGCAGUUUGGAAAUGAAAGUCUCAGCAUAAAGCUGGAGGAACAGAUCAGUGAAAAUGAGGAUUUGAGAAACAAAAACAACGCGACAAGGAACUUAUGUAAUAUACUUAAAGAUACUUUUCAAUGGUCGGCUGAGAAAAUGCAUCUAUUUGAAUCUGAAAGAGAAGAAACACAUCAACUCUUUGUGCAAAAUAGUGAGAAUGUCAAGAAACUAACUGCAGGAUUUGAAAGCCUGCGUAUCCAAGUGGAAGCUGACCAACAAGAAUUGCAGAAAGUUAAAGAGGGCUUGCUGCAGUUUGAAAGUCUACAAGAGAAGUAUCAACAAGAAUAUAAGAUAAAAGAUGAAGAGGUUGUAAUGCUAAAAGCAAAACUCCAUGAAACUCAGAAGCAGUUGAUACAACUUCAAGAGGCAGCAAAUCAACAACUUGAACUUCUCAGAAGUUCAAAAAAUGAGCAGAAUUCUCUCCUUCAAAAACUGCAUACUGCUGAGCAGCGCUGUAAAGAAACUGAGAAAAUUCUGGAAACUGUUGCUAAAGCCCUGGAACAAAAUAAAAAAGAGUAUGCACAGAUCAUCCAAAGCAAAGACCUCAGCAUGCAGGAGCUCAGCACAGUUAACAGUCAGCAAGCAGUUAAGCUGGAGCAGGUUCAGAUGACCAUUCAGGAGCUAGAAAAUUCACUGGAGCUGGAGAUACAGAGGGCUAAAGAUGUCCAGGGUGAAUUCAUGGCAAACAACGCAGAACUUGAAAGGAAAAACAUACUUAUAGGAGAGACAACGGAGCAGAUUGCAAGGAAAGAUGAUCUCAUCAAAAUCCUGGAAGAUGAACUGGACAAAAAAUCUAAAUCUAUUGAGUCAAUGAAGAGUAAGAUUGAUGUCACUGAAGCCAGAGUGCAGACACUUGUAGCUGAUGUUUCACAGAAAACGGAAGAAAUCCAGUUGAUAAAGAAUGAAGCAGAGAUAGCCCUAAGUGAUAAUACUGUGCUGAAGAAAGCUUGUAAAGCUGCUGAAAAGGAACAGCAAGAUUUAAAGGAGAAGACAACUUUGACAGAGAUCAAAGUGCAGGAGCUGCAGGGACAGCUGUUCACUGAAAUGCAGAAAAGUAAAGAAUGCACCUUUCAGAUUGCACAGCUGAAGACUGACAUCAUGCAGCAUGAAGUAAAGUAUGAAGAGCUGUUAUCGAACUUUCAUGAGCUGCAGUCUGAGAAGACAGCAUUUCAACAGCAGUUUGAAAAUGGCUUCUCUAAUGUGAAAGCUAUUGAGGCAAACAUGAAGGUGAGUGAGGAGAAGGCAGUAAAACUCAAAAGAGAAAUUGAAAGAUUGGAAGAAGAAAACCGUCGUUUACGAGAGGAAGCAAGCUCCAUUAAAAACACAAUCCAAGAGGCUCUGCAGAAGAAAAUUGAAGAAAAUCAUCAACAUCUGCUGAAAAAAAUUGUAGAAAAAGAAAAGCAGAUCAAAACUGUGGAAGCAAAGCUGGGCAAUGUCAGGAAACAAUUUCAAGUCAGAUUUAAAGCCCUGGAGGAAUACAAGAAAGAGAACAAGAGGCUUCAGGAGGAGUUUCAGAAUCUUAAAAAACUUAAAGAGGAGGACCAUCAGAAAUUGCUUAAAGAUCUUGAAUCCAAAUCUAACUUGACAGCAGAGCUUGAGAAUGAGAUACAAAAGCUUAGCUCAACAGCUACAGAGGCCAUUAAGAACAAGGAAGACACAGAACUCAAGUGUCAACACAAGAUAGCAGAUAUGGUCGCGCUAAUGGAAAAACACAAGAGCCAGUAUGACCGGAUGGUUGAUGAAAAGGAUGCAGAGCUUGAUGAGAUAAAGAAGAAAGAGAUGGAUGCAGUUGCCCAGGUGAAAUCACUGGUGUUGGACCUUUCAAAGCAUAAAACAGAAAAUGAUGAGCUGAAGAAACUGUUGAAGACAGAAACAACAGAGAAGGAAAACCUACAGAAGAAGCUAAUUGAUUUGAAGAAAGAGAAGUCUUCAGUGAAAACCAGUCAGCCCUCACAAGCAAAGAGCAAGCAGUCAACGGACCCAAACUAUAAACCAUGGAGAUGUUUUGAAACUCCGGUCAAGAGCUCUUCAAAGACUCACAUAUUUGAUUUCUCCAAGACCAGAAAAACUCCUUCCUGCAGGAAUGAUGACGAGGGUACCUCAGUUAUUAAAGAAACGGAAUCUGCCACUGAAUCAAUCAGAACACCAAGUGAAACAACACUGAGGACCAAGCACAUUUACACCAAAGACCUGAAAACGCCAGGAAGAGCAACAAACAGAGUCAGCGGCACAUCGAAGAUGAAAUUGUACAGAAUCAGGACUCCCCCUUCUGCUGAAAAGGCAGCACAGUGGGGCAAGAGGACCAUUGAGCUUGAUCCCAGGUCUGACAGCUCUGAUCAAAAUGAUCUCCUGACCUUUGUAAAUGCACCCGAGCUGAAUGUUUCUGCUCCACACUGCAAACUCAACAUCUUCAAAAAGCUUCAGAGCCCAGUCACUCAUAAAUCACCAGGGAACUCCUUAAAGCUGGCUGCAAUGAAAAGGAUGAGAGAUGCUGGUUGGACUGCUGUAACUGGCUGUGACAAAAAAAAGAAAAAGACCACUGAGAAGAUCUUUGCAUAA